GGGACCGAUGCACCUCAAGGCCAGGUGCCACAGCCGGGGGAGGCAGCAGCAGCGGCGGAGGGCCAGGAGCAGGAGCUGGGGGAGGCAGCAGUAGUGGCGGAGGGCCAGGAGCAGGAGCCGGGGGAGGCAGCAGCGGCGGCGGAGGGCCGGGGGCAGGAGCCGGGGGAGGCAGCAGCGGCGGUGCAAGGUGGGGAGCAGCAGCCGCAGGACGUAGCAGCGGCUAUUGGCGAGAGGUUCCAGCAGCAGCUGGCAGAACCUAGGGGUCGGCCCUCGCAUGCACCAGCCCCUCGCCCUCUGCUCGGCCGGCUUCGCAGGUUGUUCAUGGGCAGCAGUGCUGAGGCAGAUGCAGCCCAAGCCGCAAGGAGGCCACAAGGAGCGGACGGCUUUCAUGGGCAGCCUAGCAGUACGGCAAGUGGGAUGGGACCCAACCCCCAAUCGGCAGCAGGAGGCAGCAGCUUGGAAGGAGGCUUUGGUGAUCUGGCGGGAGGCGAUGGUGGCUUGGACGCUGGUGCUAGGAGGCAGCAAGAGCUUGGAGCAGCAAGCGGCCAGGGUGAUGCAAACAUGGAUGGUAGCAUGCACGGGGGGUACGGCGCAUACAAUGCAUAUCAUGAGGGUGGUGACGGCGAGUUUGCGGAUGCAGAGGAUGGCCAGGGCCCGUUGAGGGGCAUGGGCGACGAUGAGGGGGGUGAGGAGGACGAGGAGGGUCGAGGGGGUGGCUACGGUACGAGGGGCGGCCGCCGGAGCUAUGCCAGGAGGCAGAGAGCGGUAGAAGGUGAAUGGGAGGACUUGGGGCAGGAAACACCAGAGGAGGGCGGGUGGGAGGAGGAGGAUGAAUCCGAAGAGUCCGAUCCCGAGGAGGAGGGGGAGGAGGAGUGGGACGAGGAGGCAGACCGACGGCCGAAGCGGCAGGGAAGGCAAGGCGGCCACUGAAGGGAAUCGUUUGGGGUAUGGGGUAGGCGACUAGCAGGAGUAGGUACAUUUAAGCAUUUAGCACCUGGUUAUGAGGUUUCCUAAGAUGCGGGUUCGUGUUACUUUAGAUCAUUAUGUUAAUGUGUGGGCAUAGAAGACCAUGUCUCAGCAAGGGGGUUCUGUUUUGUGUGAUGUCUGACUCAAGUCGUACUAAGGGUAUUGUACGUUGUACUAUGAACGCUUAGAAGGACGAGUGCAAGUGCACGUCCUGUGGGGCUCAGACCUGGCCUUCCCUACCCAGGGUAUCUGUUUGUGGCUAAAGACAAGGCCUUUGUAACAGUAAUCCGUGC